GCGCCGGCGGCGAUUGCUCCUGUCUGUUGUUUGGCUAUGUUGCGGUGGGCGAGAGAGUCCCCGGACUGCCGGAAACCGGUUCGGGACUGCCGGAAACCGGUUCGGCGGCUCGCUCUCUGCUGACCGACCGGACCGAGGGGCUAUGGGGGACCCCGGUUCUCCGGACUCCGGAGACCCCGCCGGAGUCAGGAGUUGGUGCCUGCGGCGGGUGGGGAUGGACGCCGAGUGGCUGCUGCUGGAGGCCGGGUGCGAGGUGUCUAUUGGACGAGGCUUUGGUGUCACAUACCAACUGUUAUCAAAAGUUUGCCCUCUGAUGAUUUCUCGAAACCACUGUGUUUUGAAGCAGAAUCCUGAGGGCCAGUGGACAAUUAUGGACAACAAGAGUUUGAAUGGUGUUUGGCUGAACAAAGAACGAAUAGAACCAUUGAAGUUUUAUUUCAUCCAUAAGGGAGACCAUGUCCAGCUUGGGGUGCCUUUGCAGAAUAAGGAACAUGCAGAGUAUGAAUAUGAAGUUACUGAAGAAGAGUGGGAGAGGAUGUUUCCUUAUCUUGCCCCAAAGAGUAACCAGAUGAUGGAAAAAAAUAAGAGCUUGAGAACUAAAAGGAAAAGUAGUACAGAUGAAGUAGAAGGUCUUGGAUGUGAAGGUCCCUCAUGUUUAAAAUCCAAAAUAAGUAAAGUGUCUUGUGAACCUGAGCAGCCAGUGAAGUCACCUGGGAAUGGCAGAGUAGCCAAUCAGCCCUCUGAAUACUUGGAUCCUGGAUUGGCUUCUCUCGAGGCAAAUGAGAAGACCACCAGGGCUCGUACUUACCGUGGACCUCCAAAAGUCAAAAAGUUUCGUUUCAAGAAGCAGAAGGCCUCAGCAAAGCCUUCAGCAUCUCAGAGCAGCUUAGAGCUGUUUAAGGUGACCAUGUCCAGAAUUGUGAAGCUCAAAAGACAGCUGCAAGAAAAACAAGUCGCUGUGAUAAAUGUGAAAAAGCAAACCCGGAAGGAUAAUGCAAAGAAAAUUGUGAAGAUGGAGCAGGAGCUGCAGGAUCUACAGUCCCAGCUGUGCACAGAGCAGGCUCAGCAGCAGGCGAGAGUAGAGCAGCUGGAGAAGACUUUCCAGGAAGAAGAAAAGCACCUCCAGGGUUUGGAGAAAGAACAAGUAGAGGACCUGAAGCAACAGCUGGCCCAGGCUCUGCAGGAGCACCAGGCCCUAAUGGAAGAGCUAAACCGCAGUAGGAAGGACUUUGAAACAAUCAUCCAAGAGAAGAACAAAGAGCUGGAGCAGACCAAGGAAGAAAAGGAGAAGGUGCAAGCGCAGAAGGAAGAGGUUCUGAGCCACAUGAGCGAUGUGCUGGAGAAUGAGCUCCAGUGCAUUAUCUGCUCGGAAUACUUCAUCGAGGCUGUGACCUUGAACUGUGCCCACAGCUUUUGCUCCUAUUGCAUCAGUGAAUGGAUGAAGCGGAAGAUAGAAUGCCCCAUUUGUCGGAAGAACAUCAAGUCCAAAACCCACUCCCUGGUUCUAGACAAUUGCAUUGAUAAAAUGGUGGAUAAGCUGGGCUCUGAAGUGAAGGAACGAAGAACCGUCCUCAUUAGGGAACGGAAAGUCCUGGGGAGAAGAUCCAAGGCCUUGCGUGCACCAGCUAAGAGGGUGUCUUGAAGACUGCUGUGUUGGAGAGGCUCCAUGGCAUGGCACUUGAGGCAGGCUGCAGAAGUCCGCCUCGCAUGACCUGGCCCUGCAGGUGUCGCCUGAGAGCCAUGUGGUACAGAGACUUCGGAAGCCCAGUGUCCCCUGCUGCCCACAGUGGCCAGCCAGCUGUCCUCAUGUCUGGAGCUUCGUUGGGACUUGAGGCACUGGCUGCUUUGGGGUACCUAACAGACUGCCUCACCACUGGCUAAGUGCGCUAUCAUCCUGUUUUAAUUUGUUGUUACCGUUUUUGAUAUCUGAGAAACACUGCUGUUGACCUUCGUUUUGGACAUUAGGGUGUGGCCCAUGGCUGCUACUGAAGAUAGCCUGUAUUUUGAGUCUAGCUCAUCUCUUUUUUGUGAAAACAAGAUGUCAUUUCUUGGGAAUAAAAUAUAAAACCGGUUGGUUGCUCA